AUGACUAGAAGAGUCGAAUCAGGAGGACACCAAUAUUCUAAUACUGCGAAGGCCCAAAUGUUUAUCAAUGGAUUGUGUCCUAAACUCUAUAUGACAGUGUCUCCAUUAACCCCUAAUAUGUUAGAAGAUGCUUAUGCUAGAGCAAAAGCCUUUGAAAAUAUAUAUAGGAAUAAUCUGACACAUACAGCUUUUAUGACCCAACCUAUAGGAUAUCCAAUAUAUUUAGCACAGAGAAUAGUUGGUACUCCAGUUGCCCCUCAAAUGAACUAUAAUAAAAUGGAAGAGGCUUUACUUAAGCUAACAGAGGCCAUCAAUAAAAUGAUAACUCAGCAUCAAGAUCAAAGAAGACCCCAGUGA